AUGCGCGCGCGCGGCACGAUGGCUGGGAUCUCGCGCUCCGGCGCGCUGCUGCUCGCGGCGUGGAUGCUGCUGAGCGGAGCGGCCGGACUGGCGCGCGCCUUCGGUGCGGGCGCGGAGGAGGAGGAGUCGGAGUCCGCGUGCGAGCCCAUCCGCAUGUCCAUGUGCCGCGACCUGGGCUACAACGUCACGCGCAUGCCCAACCUGGUCGGGAACGUGCUGCAGGCGGACGCGGAGCUGCAGCUCUCCACCUUCAACCCGCUCAUCCAGUACGGCUGUUCCAGUCAGCUGCGGUUCUUCCUGUGCGCCGUCUACGCCCCCAUGUGUACGGAGAAGGUCCCGGAGCUGAUCGGCCCGUGCGGCAGCAUGUGUCUGUCCGUGCAGAGGAAGUGUCUACCUGUGCUGCAGGACUUCGGCUUCUCCUGGCCCGACCUCCUCAACUGCAGCCUGUUCCCUCCCAACAACGACCACAACCACAUGUGCAUGGAAGGGCCACCCGAGGAGGAGGAGGACGCGGAUACCCGGGUGCCGUCCGUGCGCACGUCGCGGCCGCGGUACGGCCAGGAGACCGAGUGCCUGCCGCUCGAGCACGGUGACGACCACGCCGACCUGGACCGCUACAUCUGGUCCAAGCGUAGCGGCGCGUGUGUCCUGCAGUGCGGCUACGACUCUGGGCUGUACAGCCGCGCCGCCAAGACGUUCGCGGACGCCUGGAUGGCUUUGUGGGCGGGGCUUUGCUUCGUGUCCACCUCCUUCACGGUGCUGACUUUUCUUUUGGACUCGGGGCGGUUUUCCUACCCGGAGCGUCCCAUCGCAUUUUUGAGCGUGUGCUAUAACGCAUACAGCGCCGCGUUCUUGGUGCUGUUGGCUGCCGGGCGUGAGCGCGUGUCUUGUGACAUCGAGGAAGCGGCCGUCCCCGUCCUGACUCGGGACGGCUUGAAGAACUCCGGGUGCGCGGUGGUCUUCCUGUUGGCCUACUUCUUCGGCAUGGCAAGCUCUGUCUGGUGGGUGGUGCUCACUCUGACCUGGUUUCUUGCCGCCGGGUUGAAGUGGGGUCACGAGGCUAUCGAGAUGCACAGCACCUACUUUCACGUGGCCGCCUGGGCCAUUCCUGCGAUCAAGACCAUCGUGGUGCUCGUUAUGCGCCUGGUGGAUGCGGACGACCUCACCGGUCUGUGCUACGUCGGAAACCAGAACCUGGAAGCGCUCACGGGUUUCGUAGUGGCGCCGCUGUUCACGUACCUAGCCGUCGGGACGUUGUUCAUCGCCGCCGGACUUGUUUCCUUAUUCAAAAUCAGGUCGAACUUGCAGAAGGACGGGACCAAGACGGACAAGCUGGAGCGUCUCAUGGUGAAGAUCGGCGUCUUCUCGGUGCUCUACACCGUCCCGGCGUCGUGUGUCGUGGCCUGUUAUUUCUACCGCGUCUCCAACUGGUCGGACUUCCAGCGUGCACCGCACGACUCGUACGCCGCUGCGGAGAUGUUACGGAUCUUUAUGUCCCUCCUGGUGGGCGUCACCUGCGGCAUGUGGGUGUGGUCCGCCAAGACGCUGCACACCUGGAAACGCCGCGUGCUCCGCCUGUUACGCCCACAGAGCUCGGCCCGAAGGAACCACACGACCAAAAACGGAAAGGGAAACGAGACUGUGGUAUGAGAGACGUGAGGCUGAAUAAGAUCGACGACACAACAGCUCCUCUCGGUGGCGACUUGUUGUCAGUGCAUUUCCGGACUCUCGAAGCAGCGUUGUUUGUUUCCUGUGGACAAGUUGAUCGUUUUUACACUGGACGAAAAAAAAAAACGCAAAGGAAAUGCAGGAACUGGACGUUGUGUUGCAACAGGAAGUUAUGUAUUCUCUCUGGACAAUGAGCUGAAGUGCCUUCCAUUUUAGAUCUCUUGCUCUCUUUAUACUGUGGUAAUACUGCCUGCCACAAAGACACCUGGGAAAUGUAGUUCUUACACUUCUCAACAAACAGCACAGCACCACUUACCUCACAUUAAGACUUAAAUAUCUCGAGCUUUGUGUCCUCUGGAUUAGGAUUCAGCAUUGAAUCAUGAUCAAGGGAAGUUGUAGCUUAGUGGUUAAGGUACUGGCCCAGUAAUCAGAAAGUUGCCGGUUGCCACUGUUGGUCCCUUAACCUUCAAUUGCUUAGAUUGUAUACUGGCACAACUGUAAGUCGCUUUGGAUAAAUGUAAAUGUAAAUCAUCACUAUGAAGCUUGCUAAUCUGUGGAACAUAACGGGUGUUCAGGAAUGGAUAAACACUUCUACUAUCAUCAGUCGACUUUGGACAGAACCCAAACCACACAUUAUGGUUGCUACGUAGAAUAUAAACACCAUCACACAUGCCUGGCCAUAUUUAACAUACCAUGUGCACCACUACAAACACUUGACCAUACUGGCUGUGGAUGUGUUUGAACACUAUGCUGCAUUAUAGCUCUUUCCUACCUGCUA